CGCUCCAAUGAUAGUGUUGCAACCUCUUUUCUUACCGUCACACCGCAGAGUGCCCUUUCCUUUGACUUAUGUCCUACUAGCUCCCAGGCAACUGUGGUACGGACUUUCAUCCCAGGUAUCUUUAUUCCAUGUUAGAAGACAUACAAGACAUGUACUGGAAUCAUCCUCUGUCGUCGGCUAUACGCAGUCUUCGGUACAAACCCUACGUCCGCAACAUUUUAUAUGGCGGCGUCGCGCUGACGAUACUUUACGCGCUCUACAACUCUGUGCAGCGACACGAGUCUCUUUCCUAUGACUUCCCAGAAGAAGUUACGGUGCCAACGCCUCCUCAAGUCUGGGAUGAGAGGGCACGUCAGGUCAAGCGAGCUUUUCUCCAUGCUUACCAUGGUUACGAGCGUUAUGCUGCUCCACACGAUGAACUGAAGCCCGUUUCCACGGGGUACAAAGACAAUUUCAAUGGCUGGGGUGUCUCGAUAUUCGACUCUCUAGAUACUAUGGUUCUUUUAGGCCUCGAAGGAGAGUAUGAACGGGCACGUUCAUACGUUGAAAAGACCCAAUUCGAGUUGGCAGAGCACACCUUUGUUCCGUACUUUGAAACUACCAUAAGAUACCUUGGAGGCCUUUUGUCAACCUAUGCCCUCAACCAAGACCCGAUGCUGCUUAAGCGCGCUGAUGAGCUCGCGAAGAAGCUGGAUCCUGUCUUCAAUACCCCAAGCAAGCUGGCAUUGUUCGGUGUCAAUCCGUCGACCGGGGAAGUCGUGGGUCCAGAUAUCGGCAUUUUAGCCGAGAUGGCAACCUUGCAAUUGGAGUACACGUACCUUGCGAAGGCAACGGGAAAUAGAGCGCAUUGGGAACGACGCUAUCUUCAGCCUGAUCUGCGCCAAACCGGCGGCAUGUUCCCUAUCGGCUGGAAUUUGACUACCGGACAACCUCACGAUACCCAUUUAUCUUAUCUUCUGAAGCAAUAUCUGCUGACUGCUAAGACCGAUAAGGCUAAUCUUGAAAUGUAUAUUCGCGCGACUACACAUAUCAUCACAAAUCUCAUGUACAUAUCACCCACCCGGCACCUUCUCUAUGUUACUGACACCACGACUCCAACGCAUGAAGCGCAAGGAACGCCAACUCAUGUCUUUGAACACCUAUCUUGUUUCCUCCCCGGUCUUUUUGCCUUGGGCGCUCACACAUUACCUCUGGACGAUCUUGAUUCAAUGGGCGUCAACUUAUGGACCUGGCUGCAAAGGGUAACUUCGGCCAUGCUGGAGAUGGAUAUCGAAGGCUCAAGCAGUUACAAUCUCAAGGAACUACACAUGUGGGCAGCUGAAGGCCUUGCGCAGACUUGUUGGCUCACCUAUGCUGAUAUGCGAACUGGCUUGGGUCCGGAUGAGACACACAUGCGCGCCAGUGUUCAUAGUGUCCUGGGAGAAGGCCAUCUGUGGAUGGAUUCCAUGGAUAGAUGGAAACAAUCUGGGGCCAGAGGAAUACCUCCUGGUGUUGGCGAUAAGCCUCCAGUGAUUUACACUGAACAGCAGCGAUUACGCGGCGGACCGGGAGGAAGAGAUUAUGCGAUCAAAAAACCCGGAUACUUGUUGAGGCCAGAGACAAUUGAAUCGCUAUACAUCAUGUGGCGCGUAACUGGAGAUGCAAAAUGGCGAGAACGCGGAUGGAGAAUCUUCGAAGCAAUAGAGAGGCACACGAAAACGCCUUAUGGAUACGCAAGUAUUAAAUCCGUAGAAGUCGUACCCCCACCCAAAGACGACGAUAUGCCUAGUUAUUUCCUGGCUGAGACGUACGUUUUAUCGGUCAUGCCUUGCAUAUCGGGCUCUAAUUAUCUUCCACAGAUUGAAGUAUUUGUAUUUAAUGUUCACUAACGAUGACCCGA